UGGACUCUGCACCCGACACGAUGCGCUGGCCUGGUCGCUGCAGCCGCCGCCCCCUCAUCCUGAUGCUAUUGCUUUCGGCCACCACCUCUGCUAACGACCCCAACCCCAGCCCCAGCCAGGCCGUCGAGGUCGCGGUGGUCCCGGGCCACCCGGCCGGAGUUGCUAUUUGUCGCUGCUGCCUAAGCCAGACACCUAGGAGGGGCGGCUGCACACAAGCUUCCUGCAGGGUUCUAAACUGCCCACCUGCAAAGUGCACAAGUCUCCAUCUGUGCCUGACCCCAACACCUUCAGUGCCAAGCCCCAGCGUGAAGAAACAGGUGUCCCUCAACUGGCAGCCACUGACUUUGCAGGAGGCUCGAGCCCUGCUGAAGCGAAGGCGGCCCCGAGGGCCGUGGGCCCGGGCACUACUGAAAAAGAGGCCCCCACAUCGCGCCCCUGCCGGCCAGUCCCAGGUCCUGUGUCCUUUGAUCUGUCACAACGGUGGUGUGUGUGUAAAACCUGACCGCUGCCUCUGCCCCCCGGACUUUGCUGGCAAGUUCUGCCAGUUACAUUCCUCAGGGGCCCAGCCCCCCGCCCCAGCCAUGCCGGGCCUCACCCGCUCCGUGUAUACCAUGCCACUGGCCAACCACCGCGACGAUGAACACGGAGUGGCAUCUAUGGUCAGCGUGCACGUUGAACACCCUCAGGAGGCAUCGGUGGUGGUGCACCAGGUGGAGCGCGUGUCCGGCCCCUGGGAGGAGGCGAACCCCGAAGCCCUAGCAAGGGCAGAAGCGGUGGCGCGUUCGGAGGCGGCGGCGCCCUACACGGUGUUGGCCCAGAGCGCGCCACGGGAGGACGGCUACUCGGACGCCUCUGGCUUCGGUUAUUGCUUCAGGGAGCUGCGUGGAAGCGAAUGUGCGUCGCCGCUGCCAGGGCUCCGGACCCAGGACGUGUGCUGCAGAGGGGCCGGCUUGGCUUGGGGUGUUCGUGAUUGCCAACCAUGCACAGAUCACCUGGGGAAUUCCAACCGAGUUGGUGGCUCAGAUGGACCUUGUCCGGCGGGCUUUGAGAGGGUUAAUGGGUCCUGUGUAGACGUGGAUGAGUGUGCCACAGGUGGACGCUGCCAGCACGGGGAGUGCGCCAACACGCGUGGGGGGUACACGUGCGUGUGUCCAGAUGGUUUCCUCCUGGACUCUGCCCGCAGCAGCUGCAUCUCCCAACAUGUGAUCUCCGAGGCGAAGGGGCCGUGCUUCCGUGUGCUCCGUGAUGGCGGCUGUUCGCUGCCCAUUCUGCGAAAUAUCACCAAACAGAUCUGCUGCUGUAGCCGUGUGGGCAAGGCUUGGGGCCGAGGUUGCCAACUCUGUCCACCUUUUGGUUCAGAGGGUUUUCGGGAGAUCUGCCCAGCUGGCCCUGGCUACCACUACUCAGCCUCUGACCUCCGCUACAACACUAGACCCCUGAGUCAGGAGCUGCCUCGAGUGGCCCUUAGCCAGCCACGUGCCCCACCAGCCACUGCUCGGCCACCCACAGUCUUUUUACCCACUCCUCGCCCUGAGUCCCCCCGGUCUGAGCCCCGGCCUGGUCCUGAACGUCCACUGCCCAGCAUCCCUGCCUGGACUGGUCCUGAGAUUUCUGAAUCAGGUCCCUCCUCCAGCGUGUGCCAGCACAACCCCCAGGUCUGUGGUGCUGGACGCUGCAUACCUCGGCCUAGUGGCUACACCUGUGCAUGCGACUCAGGUUUCCGGCUCAGCCCCCAGGGAACCCGCUGCAUCGACAUAGAUGAAUGUCGUCGCGUGCCCCCGCCUUGUGCUCCUGGGCGCUGCGAGAACACACCGGGCAGUUUCCGCUGCGUGUGCGGUGCAGGCUUCCGAGCAGGCCCGCGGGCUACCGAGUGCUUGGAUGUGGACGAGUGCCAUCGAGUGCCGCCGCCGUGUGACCGCGGGCGCUGCGAGAACACGCCAGGCAGUUUCCUAUGUGUGUGCCCCGCCGGGUACCAGGCAGCCCCGCACGGAGCCAGCUGCCAGGAUGUGGACGAGUGCAUCCAGACGCCGGGCCUUUGCGGCCGCGGGGUCUGUGAAAACCUGCCCGGCUCUUUCCGCUGUGUUUGCCCGGCUGGCUUCCGUGGCUCGGCAUGUGAAGAGGACGUGGAUGAGUGUGCCCAGCAGCCACCGCCCUGUGGACCAGGCCGCUGCGACAACACGGCGGGUUCAUUUCACUGUGCCUGCCCUGCUGGCUUCCGCUCCCGAGGACCCGGGGCCCCCUGCCAAGAUGUGGACGAGUGUGCCCGGAGCCCCUCUCCCUGUGCCUACGGCCGAUGUGAGAACGCGGAAGGCAGCUUCAAGUGUGUCUGCCCAACGGGCUUCCAACCCAAUGCCGCGAGCUCCGAGUGCGAGGAUGUGGAUGAGUGUGAAAAUCACCUGGCCUGUCCUGGGCAGGAGUGUGUGAACUCACCUGGCUCCUUCCAGUGCCGGGUCUGCCCUGCUGGCCACCACCUGCACCGUGGGAGAUGCACUGAUGUGGACGAAUGCAGUUCAGGCGUCCCCUGCGGUCUGCACGGCCAGUGCACUAACACUGAGGGCUCAUUCCGCUGCACCUGCGCGCCAGGUUACCGGGCGCCACCGGGGCGACCCGGACCUUGCGCAGACAUCAACGAGUGUCUGGAGGGUGACUUCUGCUUCCCCCACGGCGAGUGCCUCAACACCGAUGGCUCCUUUGCCUGCACCUGUGCCCCUGGCUACCGCCCUGGACCCCGCGGAGCAUCUUGCCUUGACGUGGAUGAGUGCAGCGAGGAGGACCUUUGCCAGAGCGGCAUCUGUACCAACACUGAUGGCUCCUUCGAGUGCAUCUGUCCUCCCGGACACCGCGCAGGCCCAGACCUCGCCUCCUGCCUCGACAUUGAUGAGUGUAGGGAGCGAGGACCAGCCCUGUGCGGAUCCCAGCGCUGUGAGAACUCCCCUGGCUCCUACCGCUGUGUCCGGGACUGCGAUCCUGGUUACCACGCUGGACCUGAGGGCACCUGUGAUGAUGUGGAUGAGUGCCAAGAAUAUGGUUCUGCAAUUUGUGGGGCACAGCGCUGUGAAAACACCCCUGGCUCCUACCGAUGCACGCCAGCCUGUGACCCUGGCUAUCAGCCCACGCCAGGGGGCGGGUGCCAGGAUGUGGACGAAUGCCGGAACCGGUCCUUCUGUGGCGCCCAUGCCGUGUGCCAGAACCUUCCAGGCUCCUUCCAGUGCCUCUGUGACCAGGGCUACGAGGGGGCACGAGAUGGGCGUCACUGCGUGGAUGUGAAUGAGUGUGAAACAUUACAGGGUGUGUGUGGAGCUGCACUCUGUGAAAACGUGGAAGGCUCCUUCCUAUGUGUCUGCCCCACCAGCCCUGAGGAGUUUGACCCCAUGACUGCACGCUGUGUUCCCCCACGGACUUCUGCAGGCACCGGCACAAUCCCAGGCUCACAGCCCCAGGCACCUGCCAGCCCCAGUCUUCCAGCCAGACCACCUCCACCCCCAACCCCACCUCGAAGGCCCAGCCCUCCCAGGCAGGGUCCUGUGAGCAGUGGUCGCCGAGAGUGCUACUUUGACACUGCAGCCCCAGAUGCUUGUGACAACAUCUUGGCCCGGAAUGUGACAUGGCAGGAGUGCUGCUGCACUGUGGGUGAAGGCUGGGGCAGUGGCUGCCGCAUCCAACAGUGCCCGGGCACCGAGACAGCUGAGUACCAGUCACUGUGUCCCCAUGGCCGGGGCUACCUGUCGCCCAGUGGAGACCUGAGCAUCCGCAGAGACGUAGAUGAAUGCCAGCUCUUCCAGGACCAAGUGUGCAAGAGCGGCGUGUGCGUGAACACGGCCCCAGGGUACUCGUGCUAUUGCAGCAACGGCUUCUAUUAUCACGCACAGCGGCUGGAGUGCGUGGAUAACGACGAGUGUGCAGACGAGGAGCCAGCCUGCGAAGGCGGCCACUGCGUCAACACCGUGGGCUCUUACCACUGCACCUGCGAGCCCCCACUCGUGCUGGACGGCUCCCGGCGCCGCUGCGUCUCCAACGAGAGCCAGAGCCUCGAUGACAAUCUGGGAGUGUGCUGGCAGGAAGUGGGGCCUGACCUCGUUUGCAGUCGCCCUCGGCUGGACCGGCAGGCCACCUACACAGAGUGCUGCUGCCUCUAUGGAGAAGCCUGGGGCAUGGACUGUGCCCUCUGCCCUGCCCAGGACUCAGAUGACUUUGAGGCUCUGUGCAAUGUGCUGCGCCCCCCUGCAUAUGGCCCCCCACGUCCAGGUGGCUUUGGACUCCCCUAUGAAUAUGGUCCAGACAUAGGCCCUCCUUACCAGGGUCUCCCCUAUGGGCCAGAGCUGUACCCACCACCUGUGCUGCCCUAUGAUCCUUAUCCACCCCCACCUGGGCCCUUCGCCCGCCGAGAGGCCCCUUAUGGGGCACCACCCUUCGAUAUGCCUGACUUUGAGGAUGACGGAGGCCCUUAUGAUGAGUCUGAGGUUCCUGCCCCACCUGGCCGAGGUACUGGCUGGUCUUAUCGGUCCCGGGAUACCCGUGGCUCUUUCCGAGAGCCAGAGGAGUCCUCUGAACGAGGAGGCUAUACAGGAACCCUGACUGAGUCCUUCGAGGGCCUGGAAGCUGAGGAGUGUGGGAUCCUGGAUGGCUGUGCCCAUGGCCGCUGUGUGCGCGUUCCUGAAGGCUUCACUUGCGAUUGCUUCGAUGGCUACCGCCUGGACAUCACCCGCAUGUCCUGCGUUGAUAUCAACGAGUGUGAUGAGGCGGAGGCUGCCUCCCCACUCUGCGUCAAUGCGCGCUGUGUCAACACCGACGGUUCCUUCCGCUGUAUCUGCCGCCCGGGAUUUGCACCCACGCAUCAGCCUCAUCACUGUGCACCUGCACGACCCCGGGCCUGAGCGCCUCUGCCUGGCCUCCCACUACGCCUGCGCACAGAACCCCCGUGUACGCCUGCCUCCUGCUCGCGUGUAUGCACACGAGGAUCUCAGCUGGUCUGGACUGUGGAGGGACCAAAGGGAUGCCUUUCGGUGCUUUCAUCACUCAGCCCCUCCCACCAGCACUCUGGGCCUGACCUGGUUCUUGGUUCCUGUCGUAUUUCCUUGCCUUUUUAUAAAAAUUUCAAUUAAAACACCUAUUUUGUACCGUG